AUGGCUAGUGCAAUGCCUGCUCCGCAUUUUCUCCUCCAACGGCUGUUCGCAUCUCAAUGCAUUACUUGCAACACGCCCAAGUCGGCCUUGGAUCCUCUUCGCUUAUGCACCCGCGGCACGGAAGAAGGAAAGGUAGUCGUCAACCCCCAGCUCAACUUGCAUCCUUCCAAGCCAGGCUUGCCCUUUUGCAACUUGACCGCUUCUUUCACCUCCAACGGCGAAGAAGCUACCCCUCUGUGCAUCGAGAUGCAGUGGCGAGUCUAG